AUGGGUUUUCAGAGCGCGAGUUACCAUUCUGAGUUAGAAAAAGUCUUUAUGGAUCCAGGACCUCGGGAUUGGUCAUCUUUGCCUAAGGACCUUCUUUAUUCAGUUCUUCAGAGAUUAGUGUUACCAGGAGACUACUUGCGAUUCAGCAUUGUUUGUACGUCAUGGUAUUCUGCAGCAAAGGAUAAUAAAGUUAUUCGUGCAAGGAUGACAGCUCCAAUGCUCUUGAUUUAUACAGGCAAAAAAGAUUAUUGGAAAUUAUACGACAUCAUGGUUAACAGGUUCCUGGAUUUGCAAGUGAGAGUUCCCAAUAAGCGGCUUUGUGGGUCUUCAAAAGAUUGGUUAAUAUUUGUGGAUAAAAAUGUCGCGGAUAAGAAUUUUGGAGUGACCCUAAUUAAUCCAUUCUUUAGGGUCAGAGGAAGAAGAGAGAAAGAAAACUCCAUCAUUCGCCUUCCUCCACUAACCCCUCCAGGUUGGGAAAAGUGGCUGAGACGAUGUGAGCAUUAUGUCUACAAGGCUACAAUGUCAGGUGACCCAAUACAAGAUCCAAACAAUUGCAUAGUUUUUGUUAUAUAUUUGGAACAAACUCUCUUGGCUUUUAUUAAACCGGGUAAAGACACAACAUGGACUUAUGUUGAUGCAAGUGUAGAUAAUACUGAUCGAGGGUGCCGCUUGGUUGAAGAAGUAACCUGCCUUGAAGGUAAAUAUUAUGCUGUCAACCACUGGAGUGAACUCAUAUCUUUUGAUGUUACUGCUGAGUCAUACUCAAAUGUAAAAUUGGUUGUACCGGCCGGAUUCAAAGAAAAUUGCAUAAUCAAGAGAUACCUUGUGGAAACAAAAGAGAAAGAACUGUGGAUGGUUCAAAAAUACAUUGAGUUUGACGAUGAAAAAUAUAUACGCGUGACAAAGAAAUUUAGAGUUUUCAAAUUGAAUUUCAAUUUGUGCAAGUGGAUUGAAGAAACCACCUUAGGUGAGUUUGCGCUUUUUUUGGGAGAUAACACUUCAGUAGCUAUGAAGCCUUCAAAAUUUUCCAGAUGUCGACCGAAUCAAAUAUAUUUCAACCAUGAUAGUGAUUUGUUUAGCCGUUACGGACCUCAUGAUUAUGGUGUUUAUAACAUCAAAGAUAAAAGUUUUUCACAGCCUUAUACCAAACAGGCUAAGAACUUGGUGAAGAAGAGCAAUCGACUACCAAUUUGGGUUGUUCCAAGUUUUCGUCUGUAA